AUGAGAUACACGACAGCAUCGUUUAUUUUACAGAAUUCGAAAGACGCGUCUUUGUUUAGUUGCAAAAUUUUCAAAAAUCAAUUUUUGAAUUACUGGACAGGAUACUAUACAAAAAGCUACAUUUUGAGACGAGGAAUAAAAGUUUAUAGAACAGCUGUUCCUUUACGUCCUUACCAAAAAGAAUGCAUAGACAUUUGCUUGCACAAAUUUCUUAAUGAAAAAGUAAAUCGUCAAAUCGUAUCUUUACCUGUAGGAAGCGGAAAAACGGUUAUAUUUUCCAAUUUAAUCCGGAGAAUUCCUCCUCCACAUUUAGGUGCUGAUAAAGUUCUUGUUCUUGCUCAUAGAGAAGAACUUAUUGAUCAGGCGUAUAAUCAAAUAAAAAGGGUUUCGUCUGAUUUGACAUUAGAAAUAGAUCAAGGUCUUAGAUCGGCAACAGGGAAUGCAGACGUUAUUGUUGCAAGCGUACAGUCACUAGGAAGAUUAGAUACAGGUCGAAUCGAUAAAUAUAAUCCAAAAAAUUUCAAAGCCAUUAUCAUUGAUGAGGCACAUCACGCUCCGGCGACAACUUAUCGUAGAGUCUUGGAACAUUUUGGUGCAAACCAAAAAGAUACACAUAUUCUUGUUUGGGGUUGUUCUGCGACAGUUCGAAGAUAUGAUGGAUUAGCAUUAGAAGGAAUUUUUGAUGAAAUAACUUAUCACAAAGAUUUUUUGGAAAUGAUAAAGGAAAAAUGGCUAUGUAAUCUUCGAGUAACAACUAUCAAAACAGAUAUUGAUUUGUCCGAUGUCAAAUCUCAUAAUAAAGAUUUUGUUAUAAAAGAUCUUUCCAAAUUUCUUAAUGUUAAAAUGCGUAAUGAGAUGAUUGUGCGUACAUAUCUAGCGUUAGCAGAAAACAGAAAAUCGACACUUGUAUUUGGAGCGGAUAUUGAACAUGUAGAAGCACUCAAGGAUACGUUUCAAAAGUUUGGUAUCGAGGCUCACGCCAUAACAAGUAAAACAAAAACUCAUAUUCGUACAGAAAUAUUGAAUGAUUUUAAGGCACAUCAAUUUCCUGUUUUAAUUAAUUGUGGAACAGACAUUCCUAGUAUUGAUUGUGUUGUAAUGAGCCGUCCAACUAAAUCACCAGUGCUCUUUCAGCAAAUGAUUGGACGUGGAAUGCGUCUUUCAAAAGGGAAAGAAGAUUGUCUUGUAUUAGAUUUUAUUGAUUCUUAUACCAAAUUUCCUGAUUUAGCUACCGUUCCGUCUUUAUUGGGGUUUGACCCUGACGCUGAAAUGAAAGAUGAAAAAAUUGGAAUAAAUCAAGAUGAAGAUUUAUCUGAACAUCUAAUCAUGGAUUCCAUGGCAUCUGUUAAUGAUCUGAUGCCUGUGGCAAAUAUUCCAACCAUGGACGGACUAACAUCUAUUACUGAUCUGACACCCGAGGCAGAUAUGUCCGAACAGACAAGUCUAGUUGCUAAAUCUCUAUAUGAUUCAUAUGAAUUACCUGAAGAAAAAGUAAAAGUUAAAAUUACAGAAUAUAGUAACCCUUUUGAGAUUAUUGAAGAUUGUUCAGGUGCUACAUACAUGAAUUGCGUAUCCGAUCUGGCAUGGAUCAGGUUAGGAAUGGAUUCCUAUGCUUUAUCGUUACCAACUUAUGGCACUUUACGAAUGGAAAAAGAUGAUGAUGGAAUAUAUCGUGUCACAUUACGCAAGAAAGUAAUUAAAACGACUAAAAGUAAAAGACCGGGAGUCAGUUUUUAUCUCAGGGAAUUACCGAUUAAACAUGAUUCACUGACAUCUGUGAUACGUGCUUGUGAUCAGUGGGUAUCACGGCAAGAAAAAUAUGUCGAGAGAUUAGCUUUACGAGAUGCCCCUUGGAGAAAGCGACCAAUAGGAGCUGGACAAACAAAAUACUUGAAAAAGAAAGCACCGAUGAUGGAUAAUGAGACUAUAAAAUCAUUGAACAAAGGUCAAGCAGCAAAUUUAAUGACAAAGAUAAUGGAAGGUGCGGGCAAAAAUUGGAAAGAUACAUUAAAGCGAAAGAAAGCUGAAGAAAAAAAGAUAAAAAAAUUAGAAGCUAAUAAAGUUCGUGUAGGACCGUUGACUGAUCAUUUUAAAUUCGAUUCGAAGUAUCAAAUAAAUCAACAAAAAAACGAAGAGCAUUACAACUCAAUGGAUCCUCUUCACGAGACUGUAAAAGAAAUACGUUGGAACGUUUUAGAAGGGUUUUCCAAAGUUGCUCGUCUUUCUCGAGACACCGCAGCUUCUAUCCUGGAACAUCCCUUGGCGCGUCCUAUUCUCCCAAUCCUUCCACCUGCAAUAAACAACCUCAUACAGUCCGAACCUGCUCGUUCUGUGGUGGACGAGUAUGACGCGGGGAGAGUUUACUUAGCUAAAUGGGCAUUUCAAAUAGACCGUGCGUCCGAAAAUGAUUGGUCUGAAAGUGGAUUCAAACCAUGGGAGGAAGAGACAGAAGUGGGAGCUUUUGAAUUUUUGGAAGAUGAAACAAAAUUGGCCCCGUUGCGUGCUACACGUUCAGAUCCUCUUAAUGCAGAAAAAUGGUUUUCGUUCUUUGAUGUGGAAGGAAGACUUAAAGUAGAAAAAAUCGAAGUACAAGAAGCAGUAUUUCGUGGAGGAAUCGAAAAUGAUAUUCGUAUCGAAGUAUGGAAAUUUUUCUUAGGAAUUUAUCCGUGGGAUUCUAGUCAAAUAGAGAGAGACAAUUUAUAUGAAUCAAAAGCGCAACAAUAUUGGUCUUUUAAACGAGAAUGGUUUGAUUCAGUUGAAGUACAAAAUACUGAUGAAUUUAAAGAACAAAAGAUUCGGAUAGAAAAAGACGUUAUUCGGACUGAUCGAAGUAUGGAAUUUUUUGCUAUAGAAGACAUGCCACACCCUGACCCAUUAUCUUCAGCAUCAUCAACACUCACCAACAAAAAUUUAGAAUUAAUGAAAGAUAUUUUGAUGACUUAUAAUUUCUAUAAUAAAGAUUUAGGAUAUGUUCAGGGAAUGAGUGAUUUACUUGCCCCCGCGUUUGUUGUAAUGAGGGAUGAAGUUUCAACAUUUUGGGCAUUUUCCGGAUUCAUGGAUCGAAUGAAAACCGAAUCAUUAAACUUGUUCUUUUGUUUUCGAUGGAUUCUAAUAUGGUUUAAAAGAGAAUUCAAAUUUGACGAAGUGCUACAUUUAUGGGAGGUUCUAUGGUCAAACUAUUUAUGUACACAAUUCCACUUAUUUGUAGCUUUGGCUAUUUUGAAUAAACAUCGACGAGUGAUUAUCGAAAAUUUAUGUCAAUUCGAUGAAAUUUUGAAGUAUAUAAAUGAUUUAUCUAUGACGAUACCCGUUGAUGAAACAUUGUUACGUGCAGAAACUCUUUUUCAUCAAUUUAAACGAACGGUUGAGGCAAUUGAUCGAAAAAGAGGGAUAACGUUACAAGAUUCUAAUAAUUCAAAUCAAAAUCAUGACGGUCUCCGGAGAAGAAAAGGUAAAGAGAUGAUAGAUACGAACGACUCUAACGAUAAUGAGUCUUCAACCACGUCAACCACAUCAUCCACAUCAACCGACAGAUUACCAAUCAUAAUUGUAUUGGAUUCUAAAUGUCGAUGCGAAUCGGCAAUAUUUGUCCAGUCGAAUUCUCUAUCAAUAACAACUUUCAAAGAGGAUUCAUUAUCAAAGAAAUGCGGGAAUAUUUUAAUGUAG